GAGCGCUGCUCCUUUAAGGGAGGUCUGACGCUGCGGCACACGUCACCACGCCGCUCGUAGAGGCUUAUGGGAAGUCUCUUCAUAAACACUGCCAGUGGCUAGUAUUCGGUAAGCCUGCAAAGUUCUCCUUUGCGCGUUUCAUCGCCACCGGCGAAUGCUGUGGUUGCUUCUCCCCUCGCCGUCGAGAGGAGUGCGGUGUCCAGUUCAGAUCUAGGAGAUGUGGACCAUUUCUUGUCCUCGUUGUGAUUCCAACUUGGCGUCUCUUACUUGGCUAGAGUGAUCUCUUGCUUCUCCACUGGCAAGGACUUCGGUGGACAAUACCAACGGUUACCUUGCGCAUUUCCCGUCUCCUGCACGCCGGUAUGUAUUAUAGUGGGUUAGCUUGUGCCUUUACCCAGCCCUGACUGUUUGUUUUCGUACCAUGGUUGCUAACGACGGCCAUUAUUAUGGUUUCAGCGUGUGGUCGCUACCGGCGCCUCGGCCGUGUACCUCUGUAUUGGCACUCCGACUGUGAGAAUCGCGCAUCGGUGCACCCUCAUCUCCGGGUAAGGUAACCUCUCGGCAGCAGAAUCGUGUCAUAGUGGGUGUCCUGCUAGCUUGGCUAACGCUCUCCUCCUCCCUCGCAGGUUGUAUCCGUGUGGCCGUGGUCAGACACACCACGCGUUUAGGUGCACGAGCGGCGACUUUUAGCCCCGGUUGUGUGGUGCCUCUGGAAGCCGGGAACCCGUAUCUCGGCUGCUGCUCCGGCCUCGGGAAAUCGGACAUUCGUGUGUGUGUGUGCGUUGGCGCGCUUUAGUUCAGUGUGUGUGUGUGUGUGUGUGUGUGUGUGGGCGCUCGGCUUGGUGUGAGCUGGUGUGUGAGCCAUUCCACAGUGUGUGUGCGUGUGCGUAAGUUGGUAUGUGUGAGUGUGUGUGUAGGUACCUAGGGGACUGCACUGAGCUGAGCCUCUGGGGUUUGGUUUACCUCCUGUUUUGAUUUUCGUUUUCUUUCGUUUGCUGUGCCUAAUUUCCUUUUUUUUCAUUAUUUCAUUCAAUUAUCUAAUUUCUUAUUUAACUGCAUGUGUUAAUUGGAUUUUGAUUUAUUUUGCAUGGUUUGCUAUGAUUUCUUGUUGUUUCUGUUUGUUGUGAACUAUUUCUUUACUUUUUCUUUUGUUAAUCCUGAGGUGUGCCAUUCGCCCUACUGUGUUAGCCGUGCCAGCCCCUAGUGGCAAAGCCUGACAACCUGAGUGUAAGUUCUAAGGCCUUGGGCCUACCAGGUGUGUUGUUUAUUGUGAAUUAAGGAACAUACUUUGGGGCAGGUGUUUACAGAUCCGCGGGUGUGGUGGCAGCACACCCACCCCUGCACUUUACUGUUAACGUGAACAUACUUUGGGGCAAGUGUUUAUCUAUCUGCGGGUGAUUGCGACAGCACACCCACCCCACUGCACUUUGUGAAUUGUGAGUACCUUUUUAUAUUUAUUGCAAAGAGUGAGAAAAAUAUAUUUUUAUAACGCACAGAAUAAUAAAGAUUUGAAUUAUUAAUUGUCACCACUGUCUCUGCCUCCAUUGUGCACGAACCUGUGUUUGCCUGGUAAUCUAUUGUGCGGGUACACUGUGUGUUGGUCCGGGGUAUCUGUAACUACCCCUAAUUCAUUUCCUCCGGGGGCUCCACCCCCGGGGGUGGCGUAGUCGAACUACUUCCUGUAACGGUCUCGCCCACUACAUUUUGGCUUAUAGUCGGGCAGGAUUGGCAUAGGAGCAGAGACACUGGUUUCAUUUUUUUAGGUUUUUUGUUUUGUCACUCUUUGUAAUGGAAAUUUGUCAUAUGGUCAAUGGUUGAAUGAGUGUAUGUAUGUGGUUGGUUGAAAGUGAGAGCACCACUGAAUAAGCGCUGUGAGUUUGUGUUUUUCCUGUAGAAGCGGAGCAGCAGCCGAGGUUGGGAGACCGCCCCUCUCUCGGGAUUUGGACCAGCCAUCCCUGUGAGUUUUUGCAUUUUCCAAAUUUGUCUUGAUCGGUUUCCGCAGCAUGUCGCGGGACGCACAAGAGGUUAGGGAUGAGUUGGCUGAGGUAAGAGCCGAGAAUGAGCGCUUAAAGGCCUCCCUCGCCCAGCGGGCCACAAGUACGAGCACAGUAAAUGGUAGCGCCCCGGCAGGGCCCGCUACAGAACGUUUGGUCUUUGUCCCAAGGGAAAAGAAGUGCCCAUUGUUUAGGGGAAAUGGGGGCAUAAGUAUCGAGGCGUGGAAGGAGGAGGCGGAGGCAUGUAUGCGGGCGCGCCAUUUUUCUGCUGCCGAGAGAGCCUAUUUUCUUUACGAUCACUUGGAUGGCGAGGCACGGGAUGAGAUCCGCUAUAGGCCGAGAGAAGAAAAAGAAAACCCAGAGAAAAUCUUAGAAAUUUUACAGGAGCUUUACGGUUGCCCACAGUCAUACGUGGCCUUGCAGGAGGCGUUCUUUUCGAGAAAACAGCAAGAGGGAGAGACACUGCUAGAGUUUUCAAUCGCAUUAAUGACCCUUAUUGAUAAGGUUAGACGAAAUGCGCCUGAGGGAAUUCUUAACGCUGACGUUCUUCUGCGUGAUCAGUUUGUGGAGCAUGUUAACGAGGGCGCCUUGCGUCGCCACUUGAAGAGUUUCAUUCGGACCACGCCGUUAGCCACUUUGAUCGCGGUGCGUAAGGAAGCCAUGCGUUGGGAACGGGAGGGCGCCGCCGAACCGCAGCGGCCGCGUAGCUUUUCCUUGUCUUCACUCGAUCGCUCCCUUGGGGUCCCUGGUACCUCUUGCGCCGUAAGCAUGGAUCCCCGUGGUGGGGCGCCGACCAGAUCUGAUAUGGAGAAGUUGCAGGCCGACAUGGCGAAGCUCAUGGAAAUGGUGCAAAAUCAACAGGCUCAGUUGCAGCAUUUUUCUCGGGGUGCGGCCACACAGGGGGAGCCACGGAGGCGAGGUCGGUCUCCUCGGGAGGGACCCCUUGUCUGCUGGCGCUGUCGUGCGACAGGCCAUAUUGCUGCGGAUUGUGACGGAGAACGAGUGGUGGGGCCCCCACAAGCACCCUCCCGUAGAGGCUCCGGGUUUUCGGAGAAUGGGCCCCUCCAACCGAACCAGCCCUCGGGAAACUGACGCCCACCGGACUGAGGAGUCACAGUCCGGGGGGGGCCUCUCUUGGCUCACGUAAUGCCCUUCACCCUCCCAAUGCCGCCGAGGCGUUACUUUCUAACUGUCCACAUCUGCUCGUCCGGAUAGGCGGGGUUCAGGUCCCCUGUCUCAUUGACACUGGGUCUAUGGUGUCCACCGUCACUGAAAGUUUCUUCGCUGCCAACUUCGAAUCUUUGGGGCAGGAGCGUUUACGCUCAUGUCACUGGCUGCAGCUCCGAGCGGCCAACGGCCUAGAGAUUCCUUACUUGGGCUACUUGGAGCUGAAUAUUGAGCUUUGCGGGAAGAGUAUGCCUGAUUGCGGUGUUCUGGUCGUUCGCGACCCCCCAGGGGGCACGGCUUCCGUGGUCCCUGGGGUUCUUGGUAUGAAUGUUAUCGGCAAGUGUUAUAAGGAACUUUUUGGGCGGCACGGUCCCACGCUUUUCGAUCUCCCAUCAGUGUCAACUGCCCCUCGA